AUGGCUCCAGCACGCGGUAGAGGCGCCAGACAGGCCCGGGGCCGUGGAAGAGGACGUGGUGGUUCAUUUCACAGCAGGAAAAACGCUUUCGAAACUUCGCGGGUGGCCGAGCUACCAUCGGGAGAUGAGUCUGAUGAGCAGAAUGGCGUGCCUGAGGAGGACGAAAUAGAGGAUGUAGCGUCUGCUGACAACGUAUCAUCCGAUAGCGAGGAGGAGGAGGAACAAUCUAAGGAACGCCCAUACAACGCACUCCUACAACUGCUCAAUGCAGGAUCAAGUUCGGGUUCCAAGGGACCUGCUCGCAAAAAGAGAAAGCUUGGUCAUAAAGAUGAUGAAGUAACCGAGGCGGCUGUCCUGGAAGAUGUCCCUGAAAACGAGGAUGACCAACUGGAAGACGAUGCCGCCAAAGAUGGAGACAUGUCUGAGGACGAAAACGUUGGACCGGGAGAGGCUGAUGACGAGGGCGUGGACGAUGAUGAAGAUGCGAGUGAUCCCUUCGAGACGCAUUUCGCAAACCCAGACGAGAGUGAGCUUGCAAAGAGACUGCAAGCUGUGUCCGAGAACCGAUGGCACUCCAGCAAGAAACUGCUCUCGGAUGACUUCAGACUGGCGUACAGCACGCCUGAAAUCGGGGGGAAAGAGGAACAUCUCCCUUCCACCCUACGAGACAUAGGUAGCGUAAAGCUCAAAAAGAAACUAGUUGCGCCUGCUUCAGAGCUGGUGCCCAAGUUUGAAGGCCAGGCUCAGAAUCUUGCACCUUACAUUUUCAACUACAAAGAUAUUCUUUUUGGAGCGAGGACGCCAUCAAAUUCCGGUCACCUGCGUGAUCUACUAAGUCUCCACGCCCUUAAUCAUGUUCUCAAGACCAGAGAUCGUGUCAUCAAGAACAAUGCUCGUGCUUCAAAAGAACAAGAUGAGGAUAUCGAUCUACGAGACCAGGGUUUUACCAGGCCAAAGGUGCUAUACAUCCUACCUACCCGGCAAGCUUGCGUCCGGGUGAUGGACUCGAUCACCAAGCUGUAUCAGCCGGAACAGCAAGAGAACAAGAAGCGAUUCCUCGAUGGGUUCUCUGCACCCGAACAUACAUCUUUUGAGGACAAGACGGAAGAUUUCAGAGAACUCUUCGGGGGGAACGACGAUGACAUGUUCCGGUUAGGUCUGAAGUUCACCCGGAAGACUGUUAAGUACUUUGCGCAGUUCUACAACUCAGAUGUCAUUCUCGCAAGUCCCUUGGGUCUCCGUACGGUUAUGGACCAAGCAGAUGAGAAGAAGAGGGAUUAUGACUUCUUGUCUUCCAUCGAAUUGGUCAUUGUUGACCAUGCCGAUGCGCUUCUUAUGCAGAACUGGGACCACAUGGAAUACAUAUUUCAGCACCUCAACUUGCAACCCCGGGAAGCGCACGGUUGUGAUUUCAGUCGUGUGCGAUCGUGGUAUCUCGACAACCACGCCCGCCAGCUUCGGCAGACUAUCGUACUAUCAGCCUUCGUCACACCGGAAAUAAACUCUCUGUUCACCUCGCAUAUGCAGAAUGUGGCCGGCAAGGUCAAGCUUACGGCUACUUAUCCCGGUGCUAUCACUGAGGUCCCGCUGCCCGUCCCUGUCAAGCAGACGUUUUCGCGGUUUGACAGUCUCUCUCCGGUGAAGGAUCCUGACGCGCGAUUCAAGUACUUCACUACUGCUAUCCUCUCUUCGCUUGUCAAAAACAUCACUGGAAGAGGAAAGGGCAACGGGUCGGGAACGUUGAUCUUUAUUCCCUCGUAUCUGGACUUUGUGCGUGUGCGCAAUCACUUUGCUACCUCGUCCCAGACAACGAAUGUCUCGUUCGGAGCCAUCUCUGAAUAUACAUCUGUUCGGGAUGUCGCCCGUGCUCGUACCCACUUUCUGAAUGGUCGACAGUCUGUUUUGCUGUACACAGAGCGUGCGCACCACUUCCGACGAUAUCGGAUUCGAGGCGUGAAGCGCGUGAUCAUGUAUGGAGUGCCAGAAAACCCGGUCUUCUGGGGAGAGAUUGUAGGCUAUCUUGGGCUGGACCCGGCCAGUGUUUCUGAGGCCGCGGACACUGGCGUGCGUGCUAUUUUCUCCAAAUGGGAUGCUCUCAAGCUGGAACGGAUCGUUGGAACGAAGAGGAUCGGGAAUAUGCUACGAGAGAAGGGCGGAGACACAUUCACCUUUGUGUAA